AUGGGCAUGAAGCACCUUCAGGGUUUCAAUUGGACCGCUACGUUCACCACUGGAGGCUGCUCAAUUGCCCAAGCCCGCGUGCUCGUUGAGGCGGCGAGGCAAAAGAGCCACAAAGUCUUCGACGACACAGCCGGGAACUUCGGUAGAGCUUUCCACUUCUACACGGGCGGGGUCAAUGUGCACACAAGAAAGGGGAAGAACAAACUCAAGAUCAGCUGUAUGGACAACGGAAUCAAGGACUGUCGUGACGACGUUGCAGCAUAUACUGCCCAACCAGUUGCGACUCCCGACAGUCAAUGGACAAUGGUCAUUUGUCCAUUGUUCUGGACCAAAGACAAGAAGUUUAUCAAUACAUGGGGCCUAGAGAUGCCAGGUGUACAACAACUCCCGAAGCUAUUGACGUACGAAGGCCUUCUCCUUCACGAGAUGUUUCAUUGCGACCUUCCAAGAUUCCCGGCCCACAUUACCGAUGUCAAUGUGGGACGACUCGCCGUGGAAGGUAGUACCCGUGAACGGUUCAAACUUGUGUGA